AUGGCUAUCGGAGGAGUUUCGCUUAGCGAAGAUUCAUCUAAUAUACGAUCACAAUACCAAGGACAGUUGCCACCAUGUCAAGACUGUCAUUGUGGAGAACGUAACGAGAAGCCUCGUGUGGUUGGAGGUAUGGGGACAAAUGUCAACGCCUUCCCGUGGCUGGCUCGACUCAUUUACCAAAAGUCUUUCGGAUGUGGAGCUUCGCUAAUCAACGAUAGAUAUGUUGUGUCUGCGGCUCAUUGUUUGAAAGGCUUCAUGUGGUUCAUGUUUCGUGUGAAAUUCGGAGAGCACGAUCGCUGUGACCGCUCUCAUACGCCGGAAACCCGUUACGUCGUCAAAGUCAUAGUCCACAACUUCAACCUCAAGGAGCUUAGCAAUGACAUCUCGCUGAUACAGCUGAGCCGGCCUAUUGGGUACUCGCACGCCAUCCGACCUGUAUGCCUGCCUAAGACACCAGACAGCUUAUACACCGGUGCCGAAGCUAUAGUGGCAGGAUGGGGAGCUACUGGUGAGACCGGGAAUUGGUCCUGCAUGUUACUGAAGGCGGAAUUACCAAUAUUAAGUAACGAAGAGUGUCAGGGUACCAGCUACAAUUCUUCGAAGAUAAAGAAUACGAUGAUGUGCGCUGGUUAUCCGGCCACUGCACAUAAAGAUGCUUGUACGGGUGACAGUGGCGGUCCUUUGGUUGUUGAAAACGAAAGAAACGUCUAUGAACUAAUAGGAAUCGUUUCGUGGGGCUACGGGUGUGCUAGAAAGGGUUACCCUGGAGUGUAUACGAGGGUCACCAAAUACUUGGACUGGAUCAGGGACAAUACCGACGGGGCUUGCUAUUGUUGUGGUGAGCGCAACGAGGCUUCACGUAUCACCGGGGGAGUGGAGACAACUGUGAAUGAGUUCCCCUGGGUGACAAGACUUUCAUACUUCAACAAGUUUUACUGCGGAGGUACUCUUGUUAACGACAGAUACGUGUUAACCGCUGCACAUUGCACGAAAGGUUUCAUGUGGUUCAUGAUCAAAGUGACCCUCGGCGAGCACAACCGUUGCAACAAAACACAUCGACCUGAAACACGCUUUGUGGUGCAGCUUUUGUCACACAACUUUACAUUCUCUAACUUCAAAGAUGACAUCGCAUUGUUGAAGAUGAAUGAGAAGGUUGAGGUUUCAGAUACCGUGAAGCCAGUUUGCUUACCGCAUAAUGAUGAGAACACGUAUGAAGCAGUGAGAGCGAUUGCUGCCGGCUGGGGUUCUGUAGGCGAAUCAAAGAAUCGUUCCUGUAAUUUACUGGAAGUGGAACUGCCUGUUCUGAGUAAUGCGGAAUGUAAAAAAACCAAAUACGAACCAUCAAUGAUUCUAGAUGAUAUGUUAUGUGCCGGCUAUCCUGAAAAAGGAAUGAAGGAUACUUGUCAGGGAGACAGUGGCGGUCCUUUGUCAGCUGAAAGAAAAGAUAAACGAUAUGAACUUGUUGGUAUCGUUUCCUGGGGCAUCGGGUGCGGCCGACCCGGUUAUCCGGGAGUAUAUACCAGAGUCUCUAAAUAUUUGUACUGGAUCAGACACAAUUCUAGAAGUGGCUGUUUCUGCAGUGAUUAA